AUGGGUGAAAUUGAAUCAUACAAAAAUGGAUAUGGAGAUGCUGGUAAGCCAAUAUUUCCAUAUGAUUUAAUUUCUAAACAUUUUAAUAGAGAAACUCUCUAUGAAACAAUUAAUAUUAUUGUACGAUUAGACACACAACCCCCCUAUUAG